GUCCAAAAUUGCCUUGAAGGCACCCCACGGUCUGUGUGUGGCUCUCGUACUGUGUGCUUUUUCAAUUUAAUCUGCAUCCCGUGCUGCAGCCCGAUGUGCUGCCCCUCCCGUGGUAUGCGUCUCUCUUUCAAGUGUGAAGUUUUUAGUGAGCUGGAACUUCGCUGGUUAAUGAUAGGGCUUGUCUUUAUCGAGUAAAACAACUCGAAUUCUGGUCCCAGGGUCCCUAUCCGUUUCGUAGUGCCGUCGGCUCUGCCAACGCAUCUCACUCAUGUGGAAGGCCAUGUUGGUUAUCGAGCUGCAGUAGGCAGAUUCACGACGAGGAGCAACUACUAGAAGUAAGUGGAUUUUUUCUGCACAGUCAGCUGGUGAAGCACGGCGUGAUUUGUUUUCGUCAACGACGAACUUUCUGUCUCGCUCUCCAGCGGGCAGCGGCAGCGGGACCAGCAGAAACAACGCAUAAUUUUGCAGUGUCGGUCGCUCAAAGACCAGGCACGCAAGAACGAAUCGACUCCUGCGCUUUUGGAAGCAACAUUUGAAGACUGCCCCCCGUUCUCGAUUUUGUGGCUCUAUCUUGAUAGCCAGCGAUACGCAGAGCACCAGCACUAUGUUCCAGCAACCCGGGACGACCUCAAGGUCGUUGUCUCGGCCGCCGUUGCAGACGGGACAUCUUGUGGCACCGCAGCUGCAGGUGAGACAAAAAGCAUGUUUGUCGUUCUUGUUCCCGUCGGACGAAAAGAAAAUGAAAAUCAAAAUGUUUGUUUCUUCUAAGUCGCCACGAGAGAACAAAAAACAAAAACUCCAGGUGCCCCAGAUGGGUUUCAACAUGCAACCGCUUUUCGGUGGCGGGUACCCGACCCUCGGUUCUGCUCAGAAUAGCCGGGUUGCAACGCCUUUGCAGUACGCAGCAAAGCCCUCGCAAUGUUUGUCGGCGUCGCAGAGGAGCGUCCACAUGGUGCAGCACCAGCAACCCGCGCAAUUACAGCACAGUGGGCCGGGCGUGCCUGUCGUCGGUCAGCACCACGCGGCCGCGGUGCAACAAACCAGUGCAGCGUCGACGCGCCAGCCUCCGCUGCCACCCUCUUCUUCGCAGAGAGCGGGUAAGAUAUUUUUAACGAAGAUCAAGAUUUUUUACUCAUUGAGGUUUCAUCUGUUACAACUACAUGAGGGACUCAUAAUUGUCGAGUCCUAGGUAAAAAUGUUGGAUGCCUUAGCAUAUCACCAGAAAGUAGAUGGUGUGGCUGAACAAAACAAAAUAGGCUCCGCAGCUCCAAUACCGACGUCGGCAGCAGCUGCUGCGUCCAGCGCUCAACCGCAGCACGGUAUGCGGCCGCCUAGUGGCACUGGCACCGUGCAGCAGCGCGCCGGUGGGUCGUCUUCAUCAACCAAGCCAGCAGGGUAUACGUCGAGUAGCAGCACGCCUGGAGCCACCACAUCGCAACAACACCAGCGCCCUGCUACUGCUGGGUCAACGAUAGCAGCAAGUGCCGCUAGUACGCAGCACUACCAGCACCAGCAGACGAUGAUGCACAAACCGAGGACACCUGGGAUGGCGAGCAGCAGCACGAUAAUACACCAGUCGCGCGGCGGCGGUGGCGGAGCACCACCACCAACAUCCGGCAGCACAAAACCCACCACCGGGCCACCAAAAGUGCACUCGUUCACGAGCAAAGACGCCUCCUGCCAGCCGCGGUUGCAGACGCUAAACUUCAACCAGCGCCACCCACCGGUGCCGCCGCCACAAAAGCUGACCGCGAAAGCCAAGGUCGAAGCGACAAUUGCGAAAAUGAAGCGCGAAGGGCCGUUGCCACCAGAUAAGAUACCGGGCGGGCAGCGCGCGGCCAUAACUGUUUUAGACGGAAAGUACGUCAUUCGUGGGCCAAAAGCAGUGCUAGACUCGUUGCGGAAACACCCUGUUUUGGCGGAGAUGAGCGAGAAAGAUGCCGUCGCGUAUUUUGCUAGUUUGACAUCUUGAUCGUGCAGCACCACUUUCGUGACUACAACUAACGUGCAGUUUUCUGACUUUUGAUGCUGUAUCUGCGGUUUUUUCUGGAAACCCCAAAGGCUAUGGAUCUGAAUAUUGAAAGGUGGUGCGAGGACGGCGCGCCUCCGAGCAACACGCUGAUCGCGCUAGAUUUCGAUAAGACCUUGGUAAAAAACUUCCUCUGGGCGGAGCUAGGCGGCCUUCAAGGAGUUCAGGUAGUUUUUGGGUGCACUUGCAUUUACUAUUACUUUUUGUUUGUAAGAACCUAAACCUGUCGUGCCUGGUGCAUGAUCUGGAUCAGUCGGCAAGAAUGGCUAUGACAUCUUGCUGCGGGGGCAUUAUCAAUGAAUUCCGUUUCCGAAAUGACCAGCUACACCAAAUAAACCACAGAUCCAGAAGGCCAACCUCGCAAACUGGGUUCGAGAGGGAAAACUGCUCGGCCAAGCGUUCGGAGGAGAGGACCGAAUAGCCAAGCUGCGAAGAGUCAUUGAAGCCAGGCAUGCCAGGGGAGACUUCGUCUGCAUCUUGAGCUCAGGUAUUGAUUGUUCAAGCAGUCAAAACGAAUCGAGCCUCCACCUGUAUACCCGCUACUCUCCGAGUCCGAGCUUUGAUGAACUAAAUGCAUAUUGAUCUCAAGCUUGUGAAAGAGAGUGAUACUCCUGCAAGAUCAAGAAACACACACUCAGGUUUCGCGCAAGUGAUUAAGAUCGCUUUGCAGCACGUUGGCUUGUCCGAUGUGUUGCCACAGGACCUGAUCUUCGGAUGCGACACGCAGCCGUAUGGAAUCAGUAAGAGCUCGCGUUUGGCGAAGCUGAAGGAAAAGCACCAGAGGGCGAAAGCUGUUUUAGUGGACGACGACCUAAAGUACUCGACAUUCAAUGCAAUGCUGAUCUCGUUGUAAGUAUGUAUCAGCACGAAGUCACAACUGUUUUCCACCACACUCAUGGCUAUAUUGCACUCGCUAGGUUGCAGAAAAGUAGCGUUCAUAUUUCGUAAAUCCUUCUUCCCAAAAAAAUUUGCAGCUACUGCCGGCAGGCCGUGCAGCAGGGUCACAGCGCAAUCUGGGUAAAGGACGGACAGGGUAUCGAGGACGUGGAAAUGCAGAAGCUUUUGACAGACUCCUUUGAUGUGAAUUUUUGAGACAUCACUAACUAACUAUAACUUCCACGUCUGAGCAGUUGUCAAGCUCAAGAAGAGCUCCCGAACUCCCGACUUAAUUUGCGGCGACCUCGUCAGCGUCAGGGGGGGGAAGCUUUAGUGUGCAGCAGCACUUUUUUGAAGUUCACAGCCUUCUUCACCUUUGACAUUUAUCUUAUCAGCACGAACGUUUGUUUACUUUGGCGAUUGCAGCCAUCACCAUGCCAAUAAAAGUCUCAGUGCUCAUAUGCUUUGCUGCAGCCGCCUCCACAACAGAUCUGACGCAGUUUUGGCAGGUGAAGCAUUAGUUAAAGGUAGUUGCGCGUCGUCGUGUAUGUGACGCACAUGGAAGGCGAAUUUAGCAGAUUAAAACGGAAAUUCCAUCGACGACCAGACCACCAAGAAAUCGAUCAGGGCAGGAAGCCAAGACAUUUGUGUUCGGAAUUGAUUUACGCGACGAAUUUACGGCAUGGCAGCCACAGUGC